UUCUUGGAUAUAUUAUUUUAGAACUAGCAAAUUAGUUUUGAAGUUGAGGGUACAAUAUUUAUGAAGUUUGGCAACGAGGACGAAAACUAGCAUAGUUCCGCUAGCCAGCUAGUUUAGCCAGGGAAAACUCGGGAAAGGAUAUAGCUGUGCGAACUAGACUAAUUUUUGUGCCCUGAAAUCAGGAGCCGGCGGCGAAAAGUUUGAUUAAAAGUUUGAGACUGAAACGAAUACAUCAGAUAACAAAUAUUUAAGGAGAGAAUCGAUAUACAAUCCCGAAAUCGGUAGUAACUGUCACUAGCUAAACAAAGCUUAAAACGUUUGAAUGACCCUGAAUCCAGAAAAUGAAUGGUGACUGAAGUCGCUUAUGGACACGUCGGUAGACUCCUCCUCCUCACCUCAUUGAAAGAAAAAAAAUGAGGGAGUGGGAUGUUUCGGUUCCUCUUUCGUCUCUGACACGCAUAUCCAAUCUGUGGCUGACGGCGAAACAGAGAACCAUUCGGUAGCUGUGGAUAACCGUCCACCAGCAUCAUAACGUAAAUGUUUUAUGUGUCCCGAAAACAGAUAUUCAGGAUGAUUCGACUCUGACUGGUUCGACAAACAAGGAUACAUUUCCACAAUCAGGGAUAUUUCUUUACCACGUCGGUUUCCAUCAUCUCUGUAUUGAUGAAGGGGAAUCAGCAGCUUUUCUACAGGCUAAAGUAUGAAGCUGAAGAAGCAGGUGACUGUGUGUGGAGGAGCCAUAUUCUGUGUGGCCGUAUUCUCCUUAUACCUGAUGUUGGACAGAGUCCAACACGACCCUGCAAGGCGACAGAACGGCGGCGGGAACUUCCCAAGGAGCCAGAUCUCUGUUCUGCAGAACCGCAUAGAACAGCUGGAGCAACUGCUGGAGGAGAACCACCAGAUCAUCAGCCACAUCAAGGACUCUGUCCUGGAGCUGACCGACACCGGCGCUGUGUCCCCCAGCGGACAGCUGCCUUUCCGCAGUGCCAACGGCUCCUGGGUCCUGCCCUUCGACGGACGCCCCACUUUCCUCUCUGUCAAGCCCCAGGACUGCCAGUUUGCCCAGGGCCGCCGUGGACAGACCGACCUGCAGAUGCUGGACGUGUACUCCCUGCUGAAGUUUGACAAUGUAGACGGGGGUGUGUGGAAGCAGGGCUUUGAGAUCACCUAUGAGCCUGGGGAGUGGGACAAUGACCCUCUGCAGGUGUUUGUGGUCCCUCACUCCCACAAUGACCCAGGCUGGAUAAAGACAUUUGAUAAGUACUACACAGACCAGACGCAGCACAUCUUCAACAACAUGCUGGUGAAGUUGACUGAGGACCCACGCAGGAAGUUCAUCUGGUCCGAGAUCUCCUUCUUCGCCAAGUGGUGGGAGAGUGCUGACAUGCACAAGCAGGAAGCCAUGCGCAAGCUAAUCCUAGGAGGUCAGCUGGAGAUGGUGACUGGAGGCUGGGUGAUGAGUGAUGAGGCCAACGUUCACUACUUCGCCAUGAUCGACCAGCUCAUAGAAGGCCAUCAGUGGCUGGAGAAGAACGUGGGUGUGACCCCCCGGUCAGGCUGGGCUGUGGACCCCUUUGGCCACAGUGCCACCAUGCCCUACCUGCUGAAGAGGGCCAACCUGACCAGCAUGCUCAUCCAGAGGGUCCACUACUCCAUAAAGAAGCACUUCGCCUCCAGCCGCAGCCUGGAGUUCAUGUGGAGGCAGGCCUGGGACCAAAAGUCGAGCACAGACAUCUUCUGCCAUAUGAUGCCCUUCUACAGUUAUGACGUGCCACACACCUGCGGGCCGGACCCCAAGAUCUGCUGCCAGUUUGACUUUAAGAGGCUGCCAGGCGGCCGGGUCAACUGUCCUUGGAAGGUUCCUCCGCGGGCUGUGGUGGAGGCCAACGUGGCAGAGAGGGCCCACCUGCUCUUGGACCAGUACCGAAAGAAGUCCAAGCUUUUCCGCAGUAAGGUGGUUCUGGUUCCACUGGGAGAUGACUUUCGUUACGACAAGGCCCUGGAGUGGGACCAGCAGUAUCUCAACUACCAGAGACUCUUUGACUACAUGAACUCUCACCCCGAGAUGCACGUGCAGGCCCAGUUUGGGACCCUGACCGACUACUUCACUGCGGUUUACAAGGCCAACAAUGUGCCCCAGGGUGCCAGACCCCCAGACUACCCGGUGCUGAGUGGGGACUUCUUUGCGUACGCAGACCGUGAGGACCACUACUGGAGUGGCUACUACACCUCCCGGCCCUUCUACAAGAGCAUGGACCGCGUGCUGGAGUCCCAUCUCCGGGGGGCAGAGAUCCUGUUCAGUCUCGCCGUGGCCCACGCUCGCCACACAGGCAUGGAGGGCCGCUACCCCACUUCAGACUACACCCUGCUGACAGAUGCAAGGCGUACCGUUGCCCUCUUCCAGCAUCACGAUGCCAUCACAGGCACCGCCAAGGAGAAUGUGGUCAUUGACUACGGCAACAGGUUACUGCACUCCCUGCAGGGCCUGAAGAGAGUGAUCAUUAACGCAGCUCACUUCCUAGUGAUGAAGAACAAGGAUGUGUAUCGCUUCUACCAGACAGAACCCUUCCUAGAGACGGAUGACAGACGUGCCACCCAAGACUCCCUGCCCCAGCGCACUCUUAUCGAACUGGACCAGUCAGGACCCAGGUACCUGGUGCUUUUCAACCCGGUGGAGCAGGAUAGGCUGUGUGUGGUUACAGUGUUGGUGAACUCUGCCAGGGUCAGGGUACUCACAGAGGACGGACAGACCCUCCCUGUGCAGCUCAGUGCCCAGUGGAGCUCUGCUAGCCAGAUGAGCGCAGAGGUCUUCCAGGCCUCCUUCAUGGUGCGUCUGCCUGCCCUGGGCCUGGCUGUGUUCCACCUGUAUGACUCUGCCGACACCCCCAUGACGCUGCGCUCUGAGACCCUGCUGAGGCUGUCUGGUCGGGGGCAGACUGCCCACGCCGUGGAUCCCCUCCCCCUCCGCUCCCAGACGGCAGACCCACAACCCUUCUACAUCGCCACCCAGUCCCUCACAUUGGGCUUCUCAGGAACCACCGGCCUGCUGGAGAGUAUCCGUCGUAAAGACGACCCUCAGGAAUUGAAGGUUCAGAUCCAGUUUGUGACAUAUGGUACUCGGUCCUCCAAGGAUAAGAGCGGGGCUUACCUCUUCCUGCCUGACGGAAAGGCUAAGCCCUACAGUCAGAAGGAGCCUCCUGUGGUGCGUGUGGUGGAGGGACCUCUUUUCUCUGAGGUAGUGUCUCUCUACCAACACUUCCAACAGACCAUCCGCAUACACAAUGUGCCAGGUGUGGACGGUCUGUCUCUGGAUGUCACCACCAUGGUGGACAUCAGAGAACAGUCUAACAAGGAGCUGGCCAUGCGGCUGGUCACUGACAUCCAGAGUGACGACACCUUCUACACAGACCUCAACGGAUUCCAGAUGCAGCCCCGGCGCCGCCUCCUGAAGCUCCCCCUGCAGGCCAACUUCUACCCAAUGCCCAGCCAGGCCUACAUCCAGGACAGCCAGCACCGCCUCACCCUGCACUCUGCCCAGGCCCUGGGUGCCACCAGCCUAGAGAGUGGCCAGUUGGAGGUGAUUCUGGACCGGCGGCUGAUGCAAGAUGAUAACCGCGGCCUGGGCCAGGGACUGAAGGACAACAAGAAGACGGCCAACCGCUUCCGCCUCCUACUGGAGAGUAGGUCUACUGGCAACAAGGUGGUGGACAGUGGACCAACCAGCUUCCCCUCCCUGCUCAGUCACUUGACCUCAGCCACCCUCAACCACGAGGUGCUGGCGCUGCCCGUGCUGCCCAAGAAGCGUGGCAUCCCUCCCCUGCACACCUUCGCCCCCCUCACAGGGGCCCUGCCCUGCGACUUCCACGUGAUCAACCUGCGCAGCAUCCAGCACCAGCAGGACACCCACUCCCCGUCUCCCUACACGGCCCUCAUCCUGCAUAGGAAGGGUCUGGACUGUGGUCUGGAGACCCCAAAUCCCGGCUUCAACUGUACCACUACUGAGGGACAGCUGGGUUUGUCGUCUCUGUUCCGUAACCUGGACCUCCAGCUGCUACAGCCCGUGUCGCUGUCCCUGAUGUACUCCAGCCCCCCUAUGGCCAACGACUCCUCCGUCAGCCUGGAGCCCAUGGAGAUCUCAGCCUUCAGGCUCAAACUGCGCUAGCCGGGCCCAGAUACACACCUCCACACCAGUCCAGGCCCAGACCAGACCCACCCAGACCAGUUUUGGUCCCACCUGGUCCUGCUCUGUUCAGUUUUAUUCUAUAGGAAAACUGCCUCCAAGUGCACAGAAGGGUGGCCACGCUGGUGCUUCCUGGUCCAACCUGUGUAUACACUACGCACUACACACACACACUACACACCACAUGCACUACACACACACACACUACACACCACACGCACUACACACUCUGAACUGUAAAUUCAGCCCGUAAGAGCAGGUAGCCUUCAUGACUAAACUCUAUCUGCAGGGGGCAGAAGAUGGCUGUCGCAGACACAGGCAGACAAUCUCAGAACCAGAAACCUUUUGGGGGUUUUGUGCUUGUGAUAAUACAGGUGCUGUCUUUAUCACAGAACAGAUAUUGGCGGUCUUCUGCCUUUGCAUUGCAGUAGUGAUGUCAAGUAACAGAAACAUACUUUGUUUUCAGUUAAGAGAACUUUAUUUGAUUAUUUUUUGUAUCCCAUCCUGGACUAACUACUGAAUGUAAAUAUCACAGGGAUAAGGACCUGGGAAUAACGUGGCAACGAGUGCAAUUUCUAAAGCUUUAUUUGGUGUGGACAGUUAAAAAAAAAUAUAUAUAUAUUAUAUAUAAUUCUGAUGGAGCCUACCUGCGGCGGACUAGAGAACUGUUCAUUCCAUUAGGUGCUCAUCACUGCUCAUUGUUUUCUAUUGACUGCAUUAACCGACUGAAUGCAGCUGUGUACUAGCAGUGUGAAUGUGUUCUCUCGCUCUCACUCUCUAUGGCUCUCUCUCUAUGGCUCUCUCUCUAUGGCUCUCUCUCUAUGGCUCUGUAAGAUACUGUAUGUCAGGUAGUUAGUCACUACCAGACUGGUGACUAGAUCACACACACUACGGAAAUCCCAAUCCUCACGCUACUUUUUUUCAGUCAUCAUUACCGAAUGAACUGGACGGCUUGCUAUCCUUUCAACCCCCCCCCUUGUAGAUGGUCUGAAGACAAAGCUAUCAUAUCCUGAUGAGUUGGCUGGCUGUGGAGGACCUGGAAUGGAAUUUAAAUUCUCCUAAAGCCGUUGUUGUUGUGUACUAUACUGUAUGCAGUGGAAGAUACAACUAUGAUGACGAUACCUCGUAUUUAACAUAUGACACAUGGUUAUGUAUAGUAUAUUGCUGUGGAAAACUUCUGUGAAGAUGCAGUAUGCCGGAGGAGCAGUGAGUGUGUAGUGAGACCCAGAGUGCAGUAUCGGGGACAAGGUUUCGGUUCAUACUACUGGACUGCUAAUCAUCAUAUUAGUGAGUCUGUGUAGUGGUGUUGGAGCAUCGGCGUACUUCCUUAUCUCCUUGUUUCAAAGCCAGGCAUUGAAGGCCCCUGUCUUUGCAGGGAGGAUUGUGGUUCAACCUUCACUACCUAAUUAUGUGGAGACAUUAACAGGGGUCCUCCAGGGCUGACUUAGACAACCAGUGUACUUUUGCAUAUGUGGUCUUUUAAAAAAAAAAAAAAAAAAUAUCUGCUUUCAUCAUCUCUAUAGCCUUGACCCUGGUGAGGUGAAGGUACUCUAUGAUCCAUAUCUGUCUUUGGUAGUGGUAGUGAAGGUAAAUCAUCAGUAAUGGCAGAUGCACUAUGUUGAUAUCGGGCCACUCUUUCUGCCAUUUCUCACUAUAUGUUUCUCCUCUACCUUCUUCCCUGCCUCUUCUACCAUCCUAGUAUCAGUGGAGGCUGGUGGGAGGAUCUCUUUGGUAUGGCUGAAAUGGAAUGAAUGGAACGGAGUCAAACGUCAUUUCCAUAUGUUUGAUACGUCCCUUUUUUAAAUUCCAUUCCAGCCAUUACAAUGAGCCCGUCCUCCUAUAGCUCCUCCCACUAGCCUCCACUGCCUAGUGUCCAAUGCUACAUUUCCUCUGGGCUUUUUAUAUUUCUCCACCUUGCUGCCCUCUGUUUCACCUCCCUCACUACAUCCCUGAUGUUUUACACUCCUUCCUCACAACACACUUCCCUAUGGUCCAACAUUUCACUCAACAAUGCUCAGGCACUAGCCUGGUCCUAUACAGUGUAAGUGCUGUAGCCAAUUCCUCUAUUGGUAUGACAACAAAAGAACACAGUGGUGGUUGAAGUACCAACACACUGGACCACCAAUGUACCUGCAUCACUUUUCAGGUUGCAUUUUCCCUCUGAUUAUAUGUUCUACCAUGACAUGACACUACCACUGUACCUAGUACAGCACUCUCCCCUGUUGUCCCUUUCUCCUCUAUUUCCUACUGUCUAUGUGUCCGAGUCACUCUGUAGAUUUGUCUUUUGUAUGUGAUUUGUUGUAGCACUUUUUUUUGUUUAAGAUGGAAUUUAUGAAGGAAUAAUUUGAUGUUUUCCUCAGUUUUUGUUUCUUCCUGGAUGUGUGUUUCAAAGAAGAUGCAUAGAAAUCAAUUGCAGACAAGGUGGAGACACAAUAAAGAUCAAAUAUGACACUUGG